AUGUCCUCAUCAGUCUCGCUUUCCACAUUCCCCAAACUCAAUGCAACCAACUACAACACUUGGAAACAGGACAUGACUGCCUGGUUCUGUGCUGCUGGUUUGUGGCGCAUUGUUGAUGGGAAGCAAUCUGCACCUGUCCUUGCUUCUCCUGCCACUGGAGCAGAUUUGAUUGCAGAAGACACAUGGUUGAUCAAGGUGGAUCAUGCUGCUGGCGCUUUAGCCCUCUCUGUUGAGGAAGAGCAGCGCAUUCACUUUGAUGGUAUUGAUGAUGAUCCUGUCAAGAUGUGGAAGGCUUUGCAAGACGUGUUUGUCCAAAGAUGUCCUGGUACCCGCUUUGAUGCCUAUGACAACCUCUUCUCUAUCCAGAAGAAGGAGGGUGAGUCCUUGCAGUCUCUCAUGAAUCAUGUUGACGAAGCUAUCCACCGUAUCAAGGAGCUUUGUGACAAGGAUUUCACUCUCCCCAAGCUUGACAAUGAGUUGAACUGCAUGGCACUCAUUUGUGCCCUUCCUGAGGAGUACCAAUCUUUUGUCUCCUUGCCUCAUCUGAUGGAAAAGAUGGACAAGGAUGCUGUCCGCUCUCCAGGAGUGGUUUGA